GACGAUCGAAUUAAGCUUCUUGAAGACAAAUUGAAAGCUUUGGAGGAGAAGCAGGGCGUUGACGUGGUCACCACUGCUCUUACCUCUGUUCGCAACGCUCUUCAGAAGCCGGAAGCUGUUUAUGACCCUUGGGAGGCUUCUGCUCACGUCGAGGCCCUGGUACGGGCAGCCAGGUCGUCCGCCCACGAAAAGGCAGACUAUUACGCGGCCAUUUUGGAUGAAUUAAAAGGAAGAUCUAAUGCCCUCUCCCCCUCUGCCCAUAAACGGCUGCUCAUGGGCCUCUUAGGCGAUCCGGUUAGAGCUAAGGUUGCAAAGGAGUCCUCUGCGCUUCUCAAGACUAUCCAG